AUGAUGUGGUUCAGCACAGUGUCAUCUGCUAACAAGUGGGCCAGCAAUGCUACAUGGCAACAAGGUCGUUCAGAGCAGCCAAAGACACAGAAGAACAUUUUGGAUCCUACAAUAUCUGCACCACAAUCUGCACCACCAAAAAUAGUGACAUUGCCUCAGGAGUCUCAGCUCAGACUCUUGGAGGCCCUUGUUAAGGAGAUCAAGACACCUGUGACUGAGCACAACCCCCCUGAGUACUGGGGUUCACAAUCUUCUACAUGCUCCAACCGUACUAUUCAAGCUCCCCCUGAGGGCUUGAAUCAUUCUACUACGUCUUUACAGGAGCUCUUGGAUAAACACAGCGAUACGACACAGAUGCAGUCUACUUCCUCUGGUGUCGAAAAGCAAUCAGGCUCUGGAUUGGGCAAGUCGUCUCUUGAUAACGAGUCUCAGCAGUCAUGCCAGUCCAAAGGAAAACAAAAGGCAAUUGACGUUUCUUCGCCACUAUCAGAUCCUCAUAUAUUACCUUCAGUACGUCUUGCAGGCUUCUUGCAUGUGACUUCGACGCUGGAAGGCCACCAGUCAGCCAUCACGAAGAGGAUUGAAGACGAUGUUAAGGAAAUCUGUCAGAUGUGCAUGCGGACCCAGGAACAACAGAGGAAUUUAUCCUGCGAGCAUUAUGCAAAGUCAAAGUUUAAAAGAAAGAAGUGUGCUGGUUUUGUUCCUGAUCCUAAGGAUGAUUGCGUAGAUGCUCCCACUGAUCAUAGCAAGGUGACUUAUAAUGCUUUCAAGGCAUGUAUCCAUCAGCAUGCACAUCAUCUUCUGAAAGUCAGCGAUUAUAGACUGUUAACUUCAAGCAACUGUAGCAUCACUGAAGAUGGGAACUUUGUCACCAAAUUCAACAUCGAUGCCAUCCUUGUAUUUGCCCUCAACUUCAUCGAGAAAACUACCAAAUUUGCCGUGCAAGAUGCAUUCUAUUCGCAUUUCAAAACCAUCCAAGACUAUUAUAAGGAUAUAGAGAAGGUUAAGAACGGAAUGUCCAUGGAGGAGCUUAAAGAUAAGAAGCAGUUGGAGCUAAAGAAAAGUGCAAGGCAGUCAAGGAAAAAUCAAGAAGCAGGGAGCGCAGGGUGUAGUUCUGACGAAUCUGAGAGUGAACCAGACCAGGAACCUGCAUAUUUGCAGAAGGCUCCUAGGCGUGCGAAGCACAUUGGAUACAGACGCAUCGAGCCAAUUUGGUGGGGCACCGCAUUCCGCUCGCUGAUGUAUUGUAUUGACGACCAUGUUGAUGACUUAAGGUCUUUGGGAGUCAAUUCACGUCUUCCAGAGCCAACCGACAAUGGAGUGGAAAUGUACCGCGUACUAGACUUCACUCAAACAAGACAAAUCCUAUGGUACAAUUCACUCCCACUAGAAGCAAAGCUCCGGUUAGACAUCAAAGACUGGGACUGGGAUUUUUGCAAUGGCAGAGUGUUGGAAGUCGAAGGUGCACCUCAGACUGGUCAUGGAGAUUAUUGUGUUCUGGACCCAUCGGAUCCAUUUGGCCAGCGAAGGAUUGGGCCGCUUCUAGAGGCUACUGAGAGACCAGAAGAGAUCAGACUAGAGUCCAGAACAAGCCACAAUCAAAGGGGAGAUCAGGAAGUCAUUGAUAUCAUCUUUGCAGUCGCUGUGGAGUCCAUAGUACAAGAUGCAGGGGUCAAGAACAUCAGAAUACACAGAUAA